AAGUGAGCGCUGCUGAGCUGAGCUGAGGGAGAGAGAGAGCUAUAAGGUGUCUCUUGCAGAGGAUUUGUGUGGACACAAGGUGCGCGGAGGGACUUUGCAAUUAAAACCUUGUGUUUAUAUCUAUUUUAAUUUAUUUUCACAGAAAAACAAGAAGUGCCUGGAGAGAGAGAGAGAGAGAGAAAGAGAGAGAGAGAGGGUAAAGAGAGAGAGAGGAGGAAGAGGGAGGAAGAGGAAUAACCAAAAACGCAACACGUAUCCGGUGGGAUCCCACUCCUGAGAGAGAGAAGCGGCAGGAGUUGGAGCUGAAGGGUGCAAGGAAAGGAAAGGAAGAAAGAAGGAAAGAAGAAGAAAAGGGGGAAAAAGAUUUGACAUUUUCGCUCGUUAACAACGUGAAUAAUAAUAAUAAAAGAGGAAUAAUGAGGAACGUUUGGAUAAUUUUGACCCUCGGGCUGAGCGUCUUCCUCUCCGUGGAAAGGAUAGCAGACGCGGCCAAGACUUCCUCUCAGGCUGAUGACUUGUACCUGGAUGACACAGGCUCAGGAGGUUACUACCCUGAAGAUGAUGAUGACUUUAACUCAGGGUCUGGCUCAGGUGGAGGUGAAGAAGCGGUGGUGGAAACAGUGACUGUCAGUAUGGUUUAUAUCGAGCCCAAUGCAGCAGAACCCACCCAGGACUCCACCAAAGAUUUCACCCCCAGGGUGGAGACAGCCACGGUCAGAGAAAAGGCCAGGGACAGCACACCCAGGAAACCAUUCAGAACAGAGGCACCAGUGCCAGUUACAGAGGACAUGCAGCGGAACCAGAUGACUAGUACGACUAGUGCCCCCGGCUCACCAGGGGAGGCCAUCGAGGUCCGCACUGAAAACCUCUUCCAGAGGACAGAGGUGUUGGCAGCUGUCAUCGCAGGCGGCGUGAUCGGCUUCCUGUUCGCCAUCUUCCUCAUCCUCCUCCUGGUCUACCGCAUGAGGAAGAAGGACGAGGGCAGCUACGACCUGGGAGAGAGGAAACCCUCCGGCGCAGCCUACCAGAAGGCCCCAACCAAGGAGUUUUAUGCAUAAAACCAUCCCGUCAUCAGAUCAGCAAAUCGAAGAAGUGACUGUCAAAAAAACACGCAGUCCACGACAAACAGCAAACCUGUUCAAACACAACAACAAAAUGUUUUUCAAGAUGAUUAAGGAAAAAUAGCAUAAAGGAAAGCUUUUGCAUAGAGUAUUGUAAUUAAGACCUUUUCUUUCUUCUUUUUAAAAAAAAAAAUGAAAACCAAGCAUUUCUCAUUUUAUGGCAAAUCUCAGUGUAUUUAAACAUUUUGUGUAUUAUUUGAAAAGGCUGAAAAAAUGAAAAACAGGAUCUGUAAAGGCGAGGAAACUAAUCGCAUCUGUCUUCUGUCAAAGGAGCGGUUUCUAGUCGCUGACUACUUUUAACUGUAGCAGUAUGUUAUUUGUAAAGAAAAAAACAAUUUAAAAGUGGAAAUAAUUGAAUAUAAUUAUUCUGUAUCAAUCCUACUUUCAUUUUUUUUUCUUUUUAUUUUGUCCUAGCAUGUCUGUUGUUGAUCUCUAAAAGGUGUAUUACAUUAAUUUAUCUUUUCUCUGAUGUUUAAAAAAAAAAAAUGCCUUUGUAGUUUUGAUGAAGCUCUUUGGUCUUCAUAUUAACGCUGUUUAACGGUCAAUGUAAAUGUCCUCCCUUCAGGUUACAAUGUUUAUUAUUUGCUCUCACAUCAGUUUUUUUUUUUUUUUAGUCAAACGUGAGCGUUUCAUUAUGUCUUGUUUAUUUGUUUGUUCUCAGUGUAGCCUUUUUUUCUUCUUUCUUCUUUUCAACAGCGUUUUACUUCCAUACCAGGAACAGGUCUUUAAAAGAUUUUUUUUUUUUUUUUUUUUUUAAAUAAGCGCGUCAGGGCUCGAGAAAAAUCACAAAUCUCGCUUCUGUUUUGUGUCUCGCUGAUCUUUCUAUUUAAAUGCGUUCUUUUUUCGCAUUGCACAUUCACUGCUUUUCGCUUCCCCGCUGCCGCCGUGCAGCUUUGAGCGUGUUUUGGGGUGAAGUUUCUUCUCCGUGGCUUGUGUUUAUUUUCCCCCGUAGCCACCCACCUUCCUCUCCAAUGUGUCCCCUGAGUUUAAUAACUUUACCCGCUAGCACCCUAACAUCUCCUCCCCCUCUCUCUCUCUCUCUCUCUCUCUGUUUGCCCUAACCUCCCUCACUCCCACCUUCUUUUUAAUCAGAUUGGAGCACAGCCAGUUGAGUUGUCAACCCCCCCUUCACUCUCUUUCUCAGCUACAUGGUGCCACCCGUGUAGCCUGGUGUUAUUGUCCCUGUCCCCAGUGUUGGUGCUCACUGAAGGGCCUGCUACCGCUUGGACGCAAACCCACCAGUCCAGGGCCCGAUCCCCACAUGCAGAGCACAUACCUCUGCACCCGAAAAACCCCCCUCUGGAAACCUAUUUUCUCUCAGAGGGAUUUGAUAAAUAAGGCUGCACCGAAAAUGUGAGACUCCAGUGUUGUGUCUGAAUAGUCUUUUACAAGACAUUCACGUUGAGGGCUACUCGUGUUUUUCGGUCAGCGCUGGCAUUUCAAAGGAGCUUCUGUUGAGAGAUGAGGUUGUUUACCAGGUUCAAAACCUGAGUUUUAGGUCGCAAAAUAGCCACGUAGCUACGUCAAAUGAAAACACAUGUUACAGCCACAUGGCAACAAACAGUCUUUUUUUUUUUUAUUCUUAUGUUACAUGCUCUAAAGAGACGCACGUGUUUUGUCCGGCGGGUUUGUGAAGUUGCCUUUUUUCAGCUGUACAGUAAUGUGAAGUAGAUGCAGUAGUCACAUCGUCCCACGCGAAGCCGUUCAUCCCUCGACGUCUCCACCCCUCCGCUUUCUGCCUCCGAUCCUUUUUGUCGUCCGCCGCCAUCCUCUUCUCCCCAUCUGUCGUCCGCUUUUGUCACAUAGCACCUAAAGGUACUGAACUAUACUGAAAAACCCAAAGACUCACAGUAUUUCUACUCCCACCAUCCAUCCUCUCAGACCCCCACCCUCCAUCCCCUCCAUCAUGGCCACAUCAUGUUGUUUCCUCAUUCUCUUUUUCUUCACUUUUAGUUCUUUUUUUUCUUUUCUCUCUCUAUUAGAGACCUGACCUUUGAGUCCAAUUGCUUAUUAGUAUAUGAAAAGAUAUAUAAAUAUAUAUAAAUGUAUAUUCACAAAUGUUUUAAACCUUCAAAGUGCCUACCAUUUGGAAAUGUGCUUGCUCAAGGUGAGCGGGCGUGUACACAAAGGAGGGGUGUAAACGACUUGACUGGCAUUCUGUGAGCAUGGAUGACUGUAAUGGUAACUUUUUUUUAGUCUUACAAAAGCUGACAGUAUUGUACCUAUAAGUUGAAACAACACUACUGAAUAAACAUUGUGGCCUAAUAUCCAA